AUGCAAGCUACCCGAGAUCAAAUUACAGUUGGGGUUGUUAUCCCUGCCGUUUCAUCGAAGUUGAUGCAAAUCCCGGAUGUCAGGGAGGUCAAAGAUGUUUUGAACAGGAUCUCCGGCAUGAUGGGGUUGAAAUAUAACCUCAUGACGGCCUACUGCGGUGGGAAAUUCUAUCGUGAAUGGUAUCACCUCGCCGAGGGAGAUGUCAUUUGGAUUGAGUACCCUGAGGACAAGCUACCGGACAAACUCAAGGAGAUUGCUGCUAAAGAAGCUGCUAGUAGAGCAGAGAAGCUUUUUAUACCAAGAAAGAAAGCAGCUCUCCCAAUCAUAGCUCCUACUAAUGGUACUAGGAUUCCUAGUGUCUAUGAAGGAAAUCUUGGUUACUCUGGAUCUUUCGUCCAACGUCCGGCUCCAGCUCCUGUCCUUCCAUUGCCAUUGAAAAAGGCUGCAACCGUUGAUUACCUCGCUGGUGACCUCUUCCAUCAACCUACCAAUACUUUUGUUCCGAAGGGGGUUAAAUACUGGGAAAACAAUUCCGGAAACCCACAGGGCUUCGGGAAUCCUGCAUCUUUGGAACAAUACGGAACCACUGGAAACUACCAACGUUACCCCUCUAGACCCCCGCCAACCGCUAGUAUCACGAAUCCACAAGCGAGGUGGUCUAUCGCCGGUAUUGACUCAAGCGUCAUGCUCAGAGAUCAUUCUAUGUUCACCAAGAACUACCGCAAGGGUAAAAUUAAUCCAAUGAUUCGCAUCAAUUUCAAAUUCUGGACUGGACAAGAUGUUCCCCUUCAACUCCAUCCAGAGAACCGAAUUAGUACCAUUGUCAAGAGUUUGAUUGCGAUGAUGAAAACUGGGAAGGAAGGGGUAACCCCAGAUCUUCUAGUUUUCAAAGGUCCUAACCCGGGGCAAAAGAUCACUCUGGAGGACAAGAUGAUUACUCUCUUUCCUGAGCAUCCAGCUGAAAUUGAUAUCGAAGUCUCUUUGGCUGGAGCUGAGCAAGAAGACACUGAUACUAAGAUGGAUUACGGUGGUGAUUAUUGGAAGGCCUUUGUCAAGGAACAAUUGUUUUCCUAG